GAUCCUGUGUCAUCUUUGCCUGCUUGUGCACAGGAAAAGUCCGCGCUGCUCAAGGCUGCUCGCUCCCCCUCUCCUCUCUCUCUUUCUCUGUUUCCCUUUCAUUCUGCUUCCUCGGAGCCGAAUGAAGCAGAGAGAGCGACCAGGAUUAGAGUCUGCCACCGGCUAUCAGCGAGCGGAGAUAAAAGGAACUGCUUCUUAAGCGCCACUACCGCAGCCCUUGUUAAUUUUUUUGCUUCCUUCCACACAACAGUUGUGCCUCAUUAUCCGGUGCCUGGCUCAAUUUUUUUUCUUUUCUUUUUAUUUAUUUAUUUUUUUUUGAGGGUUUGAAGUUUCUGUGAUUCCGUGACUGUUACAGAAGAAGAGACGUUAGUGUUGCCAUGAGGUCUUGAUUGUCUGCAUUUAUGAAUGAAACUGACCUAAAUCACCUGUUACCUCCAGUUUCCAGAUUGUUUGAACUUCUCUGGCCGCACAAUACAGGAAGGAAGGCUGCAGCAGCCCUCCAGCGUCUGCAGCAUGGGCUGGUUCACUGGGAUUGCCUGUCUGUUCUGGGGUGUAUUACUUACAGCAAGAGCAAACUAUGCAAACGGGAAGAACAAUGUGCCAAGACUGAAACUAUCGUACAAAGAAAUGCUGGAAUCCAACAAUGUGAUCACUUUCAAUGGCUUGGCCAACAGCUCCAGUUAUCACACUUUCCUUUUGGAUGAGGAACGGAGUAGGCUGUACGUUGGAGCAAAGGAUCAUAUAUUUUCAUUCAACUUGGUGAAUAUUAAAGAUUAUCAAAAGAUUGUGUGGCCAGUGUCUUACACCAGAAGAGAUGAAUGUAAAUGGGCCGGAAAAGACAUCCUGAAAGAAUGUGCCAACUUCAUCAAGGUCCUGAAGGCUUAUAAUCACACUCACUUGUAUGCCUGUGGAACUGGGGCUUUUCAUCCAGUUUGCACGUAUAUUGAAGUUGGACAUCAUCCUGAGGACAACAUUUUUAAACUGCAGGACUCACAUUUUGAAAAUGGUCGUGGGAAGAGUCCUUAUGACCCCAAACUGCUGACGGCCUCUCUUCUAAUAGAUGGUGAGCUGUACUCUGGAACCGCCGCUGAUUUCAUGGGCCGAGACUUUGCUAUCUUCCGAACGCUGGGGCACCACCACCCCAUCAGGACCGAGCAGCAUGACUCCCGUUGGCUCAACGAUCCUAGAUUCAUCAGUGCGCACCUCAUCCCAGAGAGUGACAACCCUGAAGACGACAAAGUGUAUUUUUUCUUCAGAGAAAAUGCAAUAGAUGGAGAACAUUCUGGAAAAGCCACUCAUGCUAGAAUCGGUCAGAUAUGCAAGAAUGACUUUGGCGGACACAGAAGUCUUGUGAAUAAAUGGACGACAUUCCUGAAGGCACGCCUGAUUUGCUCUGUGCCAGGCCCCAAUGGCAUUGACACCCAUUUUGAUGAAAUGCAGGAUGUCUUCUUAAUGAACUCAAAAGAUCCUAAAAAUCCGAUUGUCUAUGCAGUGUUCACAACAUCGAGCAACAUCUUCAAGGGAUCUGCUGUGUGUAUGUACAGUAUGAGUGACGUAAGAAGAGUGUUCCUUGGUCCAUAUGCUCACAGAGAUGGCCCCAACUAUCAGUGGGUGCCUUAUCAAGGAAGAGUGCCCUAUCCACGGCCAGGAACUUGCCCAAGUAAAACAUUUGGUGGAUUUGACUCCACAAAAGACCUUCCUGAUGAUGUCAUAACCUUUGCAAGAAGUCACCCAGCCAUGUACAAUCCAGUAUUCCCUAUUAAUAACCGCCCAAUAAUGAUCAAAACGGAUGUAAAUUAUCAGUUCACACAAAUUGUUGUAGACCGAGUGGAUGCUGAAGAUGGCCAGUAUGAUGUCAUGUUCAUCGGAACAGAUGUUGGGACUGUCCUUAAGGUGGUCUCAGUCCCCAAGGAGACUUGGCAUGACUUAGAGGAGGUUCUUCUGGAAGAAAUGACAGUCUUCAGGGAACCAACAACUAUAUCAGCAAUGGAACUUUCUACGAAGCAGCAACAACUGUACAUUGGCUCAGCUGCUGGGGUGGCGCAGCUUCCUCUCCAUCGCUGUGACGUUUAUGGGAAGGCCUGUGCAGAGUGCUGCCUCGCCCGGGACCCUUACUGUGCCUGGGAUGGGUCAUCGUGCUCGCGCUAUUUUCCCACUGCAAAGAGACGCACAAGACGACAAGAUAUAAGAAAUGGAGAUCCACUGACUCACUGUUCAGACUUACAACACCAUGAUAAUCACCAUGGGCACAGCCUUGAGGAGAGAAUCAUCUAUGGAGUAGAAAACAGUAGCACAUUCUUGGAAUGCAGUCCAAAGUCACAGAGAGCCUUGGUAUACUGGCAAUUUCAGAGGCGAAAUGAAGAUCGGAAAGAGGAGAUCAGAGUGGGCGACCACAUCAUCAGGACAGAACAAGGGCUUCUGCUUCGCAGUCUGCAAAAGAAGGAUUCAGGCACCUACCUGUGUCACGCUGUGGAGCAUGGAUUCAUGCAAACUCUUCUUAAGGUGACCCUGGAAGUCAUUGACACAGAACAUUUGGAAGAACUUCUUCAUAAAGAUGAUGAUGGAGAUGGCUCAAAGACCAAAGAAAUGUCGAGCAGCAUGACGCCCAGCCAGAAGGUCUGGUACAGAGACUUCAUGCAGCUUAUCAACCACCCAAACCUGAACACGAUGGAUGAGUUCUGCGAACAAGUAUGGAAAAGGGACCGAAAGCAGCGGCGACAGAGGCCGGGGCACUCGCAAGGGAGCAGCAGUAAGUGGAAGCACGUUCAGGAGAGCAAGAAAGGCAGAAACAGGAGGACCCACGAAUUUGAGAGGGCACCCAGAAGUGUCUGAGCUACACCACCGCCAACCUCAGACUAGUAUAGACUCGCUUAGACAGUAACUGGAAAAAUGCAAUACACGUGGACAUUUUCAUGGCAUUAUGUGGAUGUUUACAAUGGUGGGAAAUUCAACCUGGUUCCACCAAUUUAAAUGGAGUCCCCGAGGAACUUUCCCAGCAGGCUUUCUUCAGGACGCCAACACCUGACAGAGAUCACAGGUGAGCACAGAUGUUCACAUCAGCCAACUUAGUGUUUCCCCUAAGAGUUUGUUUUGCUUUCUUCUUUGCCUGAGAAAUAAAAAUGUCACUUGCCA